AUGCGACCUCCACAGCUCAUCCUCCUCCUUGUCUGUCUGGUGUUUGUUCCUCUCUUCAUUACCACCGUGGUCCGGCAGACUGCGAGCCCGGAGAAUGCCGCCACAUCAGAAUACAGGAGAAGCUACAGCAGUAAAGCUGGCCGCUUACGAGACCUCUUCUUCCAUGCGCCCUCAUCACUAUUCCCGCCUUCUGCGCUUAUAAGCUUAACCGAUGACAACUCGACCUUCUUCCUGGCCCGUCCUGCUGCGUUUGGGCCCCCCCUACCGUCGUCCGGCCUCGAUGGACAGCUGUGGAUUGGGAGCGGCUUCGGAGAUGAUGUUAGCAAGAAGGGAGGGAUAACGACAAAAGCUGAAGGCGAACUUGGAUGCUCUGAUGUUCCUGGGUGGCAAGAAGGUGAUAGAACUGCACAGUCAGGGUCAGGGGGACGUCUUGGUACGGAUAAAACAACAACACAAGUCAAACCAGGCAUCAGAGUCGGUGAAGAUCCAGCUAUAAAUAUCCAGAAGGGAACCAACACGGUUUCACCCGAAGACAAUCUCAAAAAUAGUGGCUCACCAACGAAAAAUGACGGAACUGAUGACCAUCUUCACCGUUCGUUGGGUGACUCCUUAUCACCUAGCUUUAAUGAUGCCAAGGGAAAAAACAAGCAACCGACACAUGCGGAUAUCCAGUCAUUACAGGAGAGUGCAGAGAUCUCAGGGAAAAUUGUUCUACUAAGUCGUGGUGGCUGUGGCUUUUUGGAGAAAACAAAAUGGGUCCAGCGCAGAGGAGGCAUAGCCCUUAUAGUUGGUGACAAUGAAAGCGGUGGGGGCCUGGUUACAAUGUACGCGCACGGCGAUACAUCAAAUGUAACUAUUCCGGCCGUUUUCACUUCCCACACCACUGCACAUCUAUUGUCCUCUCUGAUACCCUCCGAUAAGGGUCAAGGACCCAACUCCCCAGGGAACAAAUUAAAGGCGCCCAAUAGUGGCAAUCAAAAUAAGAAGACGAGCAGCAGUGUUGGCAAAACGAGUAUAGUUGCCCCUCCUUCGAAAUCUACAAAACCCACGCAAUCAAAAGCCAAGGAUACGCCAUCUUCGGACGGAGGUUUCUUUUCAUCGAUUUUCAGCUUUUGGAACGAUAAAUCGGUACACGAGGAUAGUAGUCGGCCGCCCAGCAGUGGGAACAUCGACUGGAUCUCGCAAAAUCGAAAGCCAGAUUCUCAGACUCCACCUAAACCAGGGCAGGGCUCAAACCGUCAGGACAAAGAGAAAGGAACGGCCCCUGUGCAGGCCAAACCAGACCCCCAUCAGAAUCGUGAGGACGACUUCGUUAUCGGAGUCCAGGACUGGCGUGAUCCUGACCUUAUCGUUAAACCCACAACAACAACAACUAGCAAGCCGCAACCGACCAGCCAGAAUGGUAAUUCAAAUAGCAAAGACGGUUCAGGCACCGAUACGAAAGGUUUCAAGGGUGGAAGCAUUACUCCCGGCAGCGGAGAAUAUGCCCAUCAAGAUAAAUUCACCCAGGUUAAAGGUGGUUCGAAUGGCUCUCAUAAGCAGUCAUUAAAUUCGCAAUCAGGGUCCGGAAAUACUGGAAAGAAGGGUCAUUGGUGGACGCGCAUUUUUGGCUGGGGAGAAGCAAGCGAUGACAAGAAUACUGCAUUCUCAAAUGGGCAUAUAGGUAUUCAAAACGGCCGAGGAUCACAUAACGAUCACGGCCAUCAUGGGGACAAGGAGCCAGAGAAACACGAAGGCUUAUGGGUUACCUUAGCUCCAACCAGCAUGUCUACCAGUCCAUUCUUUGAUACCCUCCUUGUUCUGGUCGUGAGCCCCUUGAUAACACUCACUGUCGUUUACGCACUCCUCCUACUUCGUUCUAGAAUCCGACGACGACGAUGGAGAGCCCCCAAAGCCAUCGUUGAUCAACUUCCCGUUCGAACCUACCAUACAAUUACCAGCAGCUCCAAUUCAAGCACACCGCCCCGUACAGCAGUGCCAGACUCUGCGUCUCCUUCAUCUCCUCUCCUUGCACGCUCGGAAUCUCGAGCUCAGUUCUCCACCAAUGCAGGUGCUGCAGCAUCAAGUUCAUUACCUAACAUGAUGGGUUUUUCGGGCAGCGCCGAGAAAUCAAAUGCCGGAUCGACAUUGUGGCGGCGGAAAUACACUGGCCGGCAAGUGGAAUGUGUUGUAUGCCUCGAAGAGUAUGUUGAUGGACAAAGUAAGGUCAUGAGCUUACCUUGUGGGCACGAGUUCCACGCUGAGUGCAUAACACCAUGGUUGACAACAAGACGGCGUACAUGUCCAAUAUGCAAAGGCGAUGUUGUCCGAUCGCUCGGAAACCAAGGGCCCAACGACUACGGUUCCGCUAGCCUGGAUCCUUCACCUAGCUUUGAUCAAGCAAGGGCUGUUGAAGAUCACAGUGGAUUCCCUUCAUCCGCCAUCCCUAUUCCCGAGCAUGAGAACGCCGAUUCUGAAUUGGAGCGAGGUGCCCUACUCGGAGACGCCCUCAACGCAUCUCACCGAUCCACCUGGAGAGGCCUUACGUCCUUGAGUCUAUCUGCCUUAAGCGGCGAUUCAAUGUGGCACCAAGUUCGGCACACACGAUCUCAACGGAACCGCUGA